AGACGCCCGGUGGUGGCGCUCGCGGCCGUGGCCGCUCCUCCAAGAAAGCCGAUGGCGUCACCAUGGCUGAUGGUGGCCCGUCUCCCUUGACUCCUGGAGUCCCCGCAGGCAUGGAUGCUCUUUCUGUUGCCGACGGUUUCGAGACACCCGACACCCCCUCCAAGUCCACCUUCGGUGGCAACACCGCUUCCUCGAAGAAGCGCAAAACCGCUGCUGGCCAAACUGAUGCGGAUGCUAUCUUGAUGGAGGAGACUCCGGCUAAGAAGAAGGCGGUGCGUAAGCCGAGAAUGACGGCGAAGCAGAAGGCGGAAGCUGCGAAGGCUGAGGCGGCUGCUGCGGGUCACGUCUCUAGCGAUUAUAUCGUUGUUGGCAUGGACGAGGAUGGUGUCUCCCAGGUUGAGGAGGCUGUCAUUGAUCCUUGCGAGAUUUGAGUAGACACCACGCUUGCCGCAACAAACCGACUACCACUUUCUGCUGAAU